UAAAAACCGCAUUUUUUAUACGUGUGCAUGCAAAAACAAAUUUCUUGGUACAGGGGUCUAAAUACAACACAAACAACAUUUUCCAAAAGACCAAACAAGUUAAAAAGUAUAUUUAAACAAAACGCAUUUGACUAACAAAUCGAACAACUGAUGUUCUUAAACCCUGGUAACUGCCAUUGGCGAUUGCAAAAUAAACGGAUCACAAGAUGUAACUAAAUGGAUCUUAACUAUUAAUUUAAUACCAAACAGAAAACAAUGAACUUGCGGAAAAUAUGGUAUACCGCAAAUAUGAGGUGCUAAAAUUUGUACACCAUAUUCGGAUUUUGACAAUUAAUGUCUCUUCAGUAAUGUAAGGAAUCGAAACGGUAUUUGGGAGGCCAUAUAAUUUACCUCAAUUUAGGAUAGACUCUUGAAUUUUGAAGAGUCCAAAUAGGAUGAACGGAUCAUAUAAACCCGAAGGCAAAUAUAAUACAAGCCCAAACGAAAAAAAAAUAAACAAGUCUAAAUUGAAAACAACGUCCAAACCUAUGAUUGCGUUGGAUAAAAACCGCAUUUUUUAUACGUGUGCAUGCAAAAACAAAUUUCUUGGUACAGGGGUCUAAAUACAGCGCAGACAACAUUUUCCAAAAGACCAAAAAAGUGAAAAAGUAUAUUUAAACAAAACGCAUUUGACUAACAGGUCGAACAACGGAUGUUCUUGAACCCUGCUGACUGCCAUAGGCGAUUGUCAAAUAAACGGAUCACAAGAUGUAACAAAAUGGAUCUUAACUAUCAAUUUAAUACCAAACAGAAAACAAUAAACUUUCGGAAAAGAUGGUAUACCGCAAACAUGAGGUGCAAAAAUUUGUACACCAUAUCCGGACUUCGACAAUUAAUGUCUCGUCAGUGAUGUUAGGAAUCGAAACGGUAUUUGGAAGGCCAUAUAAUUUACCUCAAUUUAGGAUAGACUCUUAAAUUUUGAAGAGUCGAAAUAGGAUGAACGGAUCAUAUAAACCCGAAGGCAUAUAUAAUACAUACCCAAACGAAAAAAUAGAAACAAGUCUAAAUUGAAAACAACGUACAAACCUAUGAUUACGUUGGAUAAAAACAGCAAUUGUUUAUACGUGUGCAUGCAAAAACUAAUUUCUUGGUAAAGGGGUCUAAAUACAGCACAAACUACAUUUUCCAAAAAACCAAAAAAGUGAAAAAGUAGAUUUAAACAAAACGCAUUUGACUAACAGGUCGAACAACGGAUGUUCUUAAACCCUGCUGAAGGCCAUUGGCGAUUGCCAAAUAAACGGACCACAAGAUGUAUCUUAACUUUUUAUUCAAUACCAAACAGAAAACAAUAAACUUGCGGAAAGGAUGGUAUACUGCAAAAAUGAGGUGCAAAAAUGUGUACACCAUAUCCGGAUUUCGACAAUUAAUGCCUCUUUAGUUACGUUAGGGAUCGAAACGGUAUUUGGAAGGACAUAUAAUUUACCUCAAUACGUCAAUGAAACAAAAACCUUAAGUCACAAUCAUUAAGACAAACCAACAAAUAUCUGGAUUUAACAAAUUAUACCUUUACAUAUGGAAUCAAAAUUAAUUAUUGAAAAUUCUUCUCUGAUUGCUCUUUUCUAUUCUGUCGUUUGUUCACAUUCUGCUUAAUAUUAACCUAACAUAAGUCUUUAAAUAUCCUUAAGUUUUUUUUCAAAUCUAAAAGGUCUGGGUGUGUCUUUACUAAAACAUUAAAAAUAUAACGUAGAGGCAAUCUGCAUGAAGUGUAGACGAACGUUAGACCAUAUACAGCCCUAAGAAAUAUGAAUGACAGAAAUAUAAUAGCAUACACAACAGGAAAUUGAAGCUUGAGCAACACGUAAUUUGUGAUCUUCAGGAAAGGUUAUCUCAGAACCAAAUGAUAACAUGUUUGUGUUUUACAAUGACGCAUAUUUGUAGUGUGUAUUUAUUUCAGACACAAAACAUCAUUUGACAAUUUGCACAUGACAAAAAUUCAAUAUCUUUCCAUAUACAAUCUAAUGUUGACAGAUGUUUAUCAGAUGUACAGAUUUAUACACAAGGGGGAUAUACUACAAAAAUAUGGAUGGACAAAGUGAGUUGUAAUGGUUUAGAAACUUCGUUAAAGACAUGUUCACAUAAUGGAUGGGGAAGUCAUAACUGUAGAACAGGUGAAAAUGUAGGCAUUCGAUGCUUUGGUGGCUGCGAAGGAGAUUUGAUGUUAGUUGGAGGAAGUGAUAGCGAUCUGCUAAAUAUUUUUCAUAGUGGUUCAUGGGGAACAAUUUGUAACGACGCCUUUGGAUCUGAAGACGCAUUAGUAGUCUGCAAGCAACUGAAGAUGCGGACCACAGAUGUGCAAUAUUACACUGCUGGAACUGGAACUGGGAACAUAUGGCUUGAUGAUGUUGCUUGCAAUGGACAGGAAAACAGACUUGAUUACUGCAGUCAUAGAGGAUGGAAUGUGCAUAAUUGUAGACAUAGCAAAGACGUGGGUGUAAGAUGUUAUGGGGGCUACGGCAGUGUAGAAGGAGAUCUACGAUUAGUAAAUGGAAAUAAUCAUGAAGAAGGACGCCUCGAGAUUUAUUACAACUCUAAAUGGGGAACUGUAUGUGAUGAUUAUUUCGAUUCUUCAGAUGCAGUUGUGGCUUGUCGACAACUAGGUUACAGGACAUCCAAUCCAACAGUUUACACAUCAGGUGGUGGAACAGACCCAGUAUGGUUAGAUGAUAUGGCAUGCAAUGGUACUGAAAGGAGAAUUGCUAAUUGUAGAAAUCCAGGGUUGGGAACCGAAAACUGCGGCCAUAGUGAAGAUGUUGGCGUAAGAUGUAGAGGAGAAUAUGGUGUAAAUGGUAAUUGGGGCUAUUGGGCUUCAUGGUCAUCUUGCAAUUCCACUUGUGGAUCUGGUACAAGAAAAAAAAACAAGACGAUGUGACACUCCUUUCCCAUCAUUUGGUGGAUCAUUCUGUACUGGGAACUCAACGGAAUCGCAAACAUGUGC